AUGGCUGGCCUCGGAUUUGAUAAGAGACUCAUCAGCCUACUCGCGCCCGUACUCCCGCCGUUUCCAGUGGUCGCAAAGUCGACCGCCAUAUGCCCCAGCUUAGAGAAAAGCUUGGAGGUGUACCAUCUCACGGUUUGUCCAUCCUACCAUGGGACGGAGUGCCCGGCCAUUCUGAGCAAGGUGCAACCGGAACGCGAGGUCAUGGAGGAGGUUUGGCGUCUUGCGCGAGACAUGGAUCCUCCCGCAAGGCUAGGAGGAUGGGCGUACAUGGGGGAAAUAGUGGGUAGUGGGCAGGAAGCGGUGGUCCCGGGCUUGCCGGCCAAGGAGAAAGCGAUUGUCGAGGCUUUGGUAUUCUUCAGGGAGGGGCACACGCCGAUGACUCUGCCGCUCGUAGGCUACAUCCGCAAAACCACGGGGACCUCGAGCUGUCCCUAUCCCAACCCAUCUUCACGCAGGUUUUUGGCCGCCUCAACCCUCACAAACGACCAUCGCACUAGAUACAAAUCCUACGUGCCGGCUUCCACCAGACCGCACCGUUCACCAGUCAUCCUUGCGCUCCCUCUGGAGUCUGUCCCCGUCUUCAAGCUCAGGGACAUUGUCAUCGCCACGUCCGCGCCGGACUACGCCCUCGGCUGCAAAACCGACUUUUCACCCAUGUGCGGUUUGAAGGCGUCCUUCAUGGACGGUGAGUUCAUGUGGCCCGCGGUCUACAACGUCCUCCCUCGUCAGUACAAGACCGUUCCCUGGCGCGUCCGAGGGAAGGUGGCAAAACCGUCUCCAGACCAUGCAGAUGAAGCGCUCCGUACGUUCGGAGAUGUUGCCGCCGUGAAUGACCAAGCAGGGUCUGUCGAGGUGGAGCAGCCAGAGCCGGAGCUCUGGCUAGUGGAGGGCAAGGUGGAAAUACCGAUAUUUUAG